CCGCGUGUGACUUUUAGCGGGGCUCCGUAGUGAGUUGUGGGCGAUGGCUUUAGAGACCGAGCGGGGGUCUCCAACCUUGUAGAGUCGCCAAGAAUAGGACAAGUCUAUUUCAUUAACCACCUCGGAGAUUUAACAGGGCCUCUUGUUCCUUGCUGCUCAAGAAAUGUCUUCACUUUCAGAAUAUGCCUUGCGCAUGAGUCGUCUGAGUGCCCGGCUGUUUGGUGAGGUUGCCAGGCCUACUGAUUCCAAAUCCAUGAAAGUGGUGAAGCUGUUCAGUGAGCAGCCUUUGGCCAAGAGAAGGGAGACUUAUGACUGGUAUCCAAAUCACAACACUUACUUUGCACUCAUGGGGAUACUACGUUUUCUUGGUCUCUACAGAGACGAACAUCAGGACUUCAAGGAUGAGCAGCUGCGUCUAAAGAAGCUUCGUGGAAAGGAGAAGCCAAGGAAAGGAGAAGGGAAAAGAGCAGCGAAAAAGAAAUAGUGCUGGUCCGUCAGGGGAGGACUUCUCUCUCAGCGGCUGAAAGCAGGAGGAAGUAUAUUUACGGUCUAUCCACAUCCUGGAGGAGUGUCAGCUUCCCAGGUUGAAGACUGUUUGGAGGAAUACCAUCACGUCCGUGUUGAAAUCUAACCCAGUUGAAUUGUGACUGGUUUCAUUCUAAUUCUGCAAAAUUAUCUGCCUUGGUUCUGUAAUCUGAGGUUUACCUUAUUCCCCAAAGAAAUGGAACGCAUGAUUAUUUAUUGUUGAAUGACUGGUUUGGGAGGGGAUGGGGUGUUGGAGGAGUGGAGGGGAAACUCAUUAAAUGAACGUCCUCAUUACUCCUUUCUUGCCUCCCCACCUAAACCAUUCCUAUCAUCUCUGCGGCUGUUCAACCACUGUCUCCACCACCAAGCUCACAAACUUUUAUGUUCCUCUCUGCCUGCUCCUUUGAGAAUAUCUAUAAGUUUGUGGGAUAAAAGGCUGUGCCUGGUAGGAGAGUACUGAAUACCUGCUUUAUACAAGCUGCCAGGGCCCUGGUAAUACAGUUGUUUGCAGGAAACAGUCCCUACCUCAUGGAACUUUCAGUCCUGUGGGAGAGACUGAUAUUACAUAGUUACACAUAUACAACUGUAUUAUAUGCUACAAAGGAAAAAUCCAGACAGACUUCUGUGAGAAUGUGGAUGGAUCGAUGGGUUGAUCCAGAGGGAUAGCAAGAGGCCAAAACUUCGUUAAGUAGUUUAAAGAAGGCCUCCCUAAAGAGCUCUGAAGAGUAAAUUAGGGUGGGGCAGAAUAAAAAUGGCGGAAAAGCAUUAGAGGCAUAGAGAACAUCCACUGGCAAAGCCAGUAGGUAAAAGGAAAUGGUCCAGUUUGAGGAACUGAAAAAACAGGAACUAGUAUGACUUUAGUUAAUGAAACAAAAGCCAGACUGUGAAGGGUUUUGCAAGUUCUUUGAAAAAGCUUGGACUUAACCAGAUUAACUUGUAUAUAGUUAACCAGAUUAACUUUUUAUUGUAUACUAGCAGUGAGUUUCCAGUGAGAUGCAAGGGCUUCUGAUUUUUUUUUUCCCCCAAGUAUUCUAAAGAUCUCUAGCACUGUCUAGGAAAUUUUUUAAAUACUUUAUUUUUACUGUGGCAAAAUCAUAAAAGUUAAAUCCUGACUGUUUUUAAGUGUACAGUACAGAAGCACUAACUAUAUGCAGAUUAUUGUGGAAAAUAAAGCGCCUUUAACCCCU